UGUAGAUAUGCAUACAUAAAUUACAUUUCCAGGCAAACGAGAAAUCCUCAUAUCUUCCAAUAGACACCGAAAUUUUGCAUAUGGAAUUAUCGGUCGCAAGUCGAGGAUAGAGUUCGCACUAAUAUACUGGGACUGAUGUUACAUACAGUGAACUGAUUCACCGAGUAUCAUACUUAUCUCCCGCUAUGGCUCAUAUUAAAGAACUCAAUGCCCAUGAACGCCCGCCAGAGGCCAUCCGUCACCGCUAUAAAGAGAUCCAAAAAGCCACACUAUCGGAUAUAGAUUUGGAUCAUAAGAUUAUUGAUCUCCAAGCUCUAAAUACCGAUAAGCUUCCAAGUGACAUCUCUCUCGCACAAUGGAUGCCAGGUGAGCAUCUGCAGCCAGUGUUCCACCAACUUGUCCGUGCAUACGGAGAAAGUCAAAAGGAUGAUGAUACUCUGCAUAAGGAUAUCCCAGUAUAUACACAUCAGUCUGUCUCUGGUUUGCAAAUGAUCCCGUCAUUGCUCCCUCCGGCGGUACAAGUAGAGCUGUUGUCUCGUUUAUUACAUAGAGACUUGUCUAACAAGGAGCAUCAAACAAACCUUCAUCUACACUACAACAUCACCUAUCCGGGCGAAACGGAAAAUGCCCCCAUUGAAAGUGGAACAUCGACGUCGUCGGCGGGUAAUGGCUCAGAAGGCAAUGGCGUCCUGUCAUUCUUCGAAGAUGAUCCGGCUCGUGUGGUUUACCCCAAGGAUUCAGGCGUACACAAGCCAUUGACUGUUCAACAAAUUCUAAAUAAGAAGCUCCGAUGGGCAACUCUGGGCGGCCAGUAUAAUUGGACUACCAAAGAGUAUCCGGCGGAGCGCCCGCCAGCAUUCCCAGAAGAUGUUGCAAGUGUACUACAUGCAGCAUUCCCACAAACGGAAGCACAAGCAGCUAUUUUGAAUGUCUACUCGCCGGGAGAUACGUUGAGCCCUCAUCGGGAUGUCAGUGAAGAAUGCGAUGUCGGCUUAAUCAGUGUCAGUUUUGGUUGUGAUGGCCUGUUCCUUAUUAGUCAUGACGAUGGGAAGGGCUGUGAAAUUAUUCGACUUCGCUCCGGGGAUGCUGUGUAUAUGGACGGCACGUCACGCUUUGCAUGGCAUGCUGUGCCCAAGAUAGUUCCAGGAACAUGCCCAGAAUGGCUGGCAGAUUGGCCAUCGUGCGCUGAUGAUGAUGCAGGCACUUCAAAGUUUGACACGUGGAAGGGUUGGAUGUCAGGCAAGAGAGUUAAUCUGAACGUUCGACAAAUGACGGUCACAGGCAUCCACACUUAACUAUUGUCACGAAUGGGUAUGGCCACAAGGAAAGAAGAAGCAUGGUCUCAAGUUAGCAUAAUAAUUCCCCAAACACAAAAGAUUUAACACAGCAGUUUCUACUGUAUAUAUUCGAAGGUUAUUGACCUGAUACGCACAUAUGGCACACGAUCCGUUUUUGCACCAAG